AUGGCUGCUCAUGGAUUCCGCAAUUCAACGUCCGACGACUCGCACGCCAAAGCUCAUGAUUUCCCAAGCGAACCAAAGAUUGCAGAGCAUGGCGCUCCCAACUAUGGUGCUCAGCAGCCUUCCGAGCGUCGCCAAUCCAUCGUGGAAGCAGAGAAGUCUCCUGGUGUCGUAAGGAUCGAAGCCAUCAACGAAGUCCUUACCAGAACGGACCGAUUGUUUCUCUUCAUUGGAGUCUUCCUUAUCGCCUAUGCUUACGGAUUGGACGGCACCAUUCGGUAUACCUAUCAGGCCACGGCCACCGCUUCCAUGGGCCAUCAUUCUCUGCUGGCCACGGUAACAACGCUCCGAUCAGUCAUUGCAGCGGCCGCGCAGCCGACGGCGGCCAAAAUUGCCGAUGUCUUCGGUCGUCUGGAACUGGUAUUUGUCAGUGUGGUCUUCUACGUCGUUGGGACCAUCAUCGAAGCGUCCGCUACCAGCAUCGACGCCUUCCUCGGGGGUGCAGUUCUCUACCAAGUCGGCUAUACUUGCGUUCUGCUGCUCGUCGAGGUGAUCAUUGCUGACAUCACCUCCCUCCGUGCUCGACUUUUCUUCAGCUAUGUCCCUGCGACUCCAUUUAUCAUCAACACAUGGAUCAGUGGCAAUGUCACCGCGGCCGUUCUGGGCGCGACGACCUGGAAAUGGGGAAUCGGCAUGUGGUGCAUAAUCUAUCCAGUUUGCGCCCUCCCACUCAUGCUUGCCCUGUGGUCUGUUGGCCGACGUGCCCGCAAAGCUGGCGUAUUGGAGAAGUACAAGACACCCUACCAGAUGUUGGGCGCGAAAAGACUCUCAGUCGAGCUCUUCUGGGCACUGGAUCUCCCUGGGAUCAUUCUGUUGAUCGCACUCUUUGCCCUCAUCCUGGUGCCGCUGACGAUCGCUGGCGGAAACACCUCUUCAUGGAACAAAGCACACGUCAUUGCUCCGCUUGUGAUCGGCAUCUUGUGCGUUCCGGUCUUUGUGUUCUGGGAGAUGAGAGCACCACGUCCGCUUGUGCCGUUCCAUCUCCUAAAAGACCGUGGGGUCUGGGGCGCCUUGGGCAUUGCCUGUACCUUGAAUUUUGCGUGGUACAUGCAAGGAGACUACCUCUACACCGUCCUCAUCGUUGCGUUUGACUUCAGCAUCAUGAACGCAACGAGAGUCUCUUCCCUCUACAGCUUCUGCUCGGUGGUUACGGGCUUUCUGUUGGGCCUGGUGGUCUACAAGGUCCGACGACUCAAGUGGUUCAUUGUGGCCGGGACUUGUCUCUUCCUGGUUGCUUUUGGCCUCUUGAUUCACUAUCGUGGUUCCACGAGCUCGGCCUCCCAAUCAGGAGUUAUUGGCGCCCAAGUACUCCUCGGCAUCGCCGGAGGUAUGUUUCCGUACCCAGCUCAAGCAUCGAUCCAAGCGGCCACCAAACAUGAACAUGUUGCCGUCAUUACUGGCCUCUAUCUGGCGACUUACAGUGUCGGCUCAGCCCUGGGUGGCGCGAUUUCGGGGACCAUCUGGACAAAUGUCCUGCCAGGACAGCUCGAGGAGAAUCUCGCUCCGUUCGGCAACGCCACGCUCGCCUCUGCAACCUACGCCGACCCCUUUACAAUGGCCAGUUUGUACCCAGCGGGCACGCCUGUCAGAUCAGCCAUCAUCGCAUCGUACCAGCAUGCGCAAAGGUUGCUCUGCAUCACUGGUAUCUGCCUUUGUACGCUUUUGAUCGGCUUUGCGAUGUGUCUCAGAAACCCAAGGCUCGGAGACGAACAGAGUUUGCCAGACGCCGAGGAAGAUGUCAGACGUUAA